AUGACACUCAGUGAGUAUUCCCUGAAGUUUGUGAAAUUAUCCAGGUAUGCUACUUCUUUUAUGUCUUACAUCAGAGACAAGAUGAAUAGAUUCUUGACAGGGAUUGAUGAGGAUCUUGAGAAGGAGUGUAGGGCAGCUGUGCUGCAUGACAUCAUGGACCUUUCCAGGCUUAUGGUCCAUAUCCAGUUUAUGAAGGGACUGUUCCACCAAGGGGAGUUAAGUUCAUCCAAGGGUCACUAUGAUAAGGAUUCUGAGCCUAGAGUUAAGAGAAACAAUGAGGUAGAUACACCUCAAGAGAGGCCACCUUGCAGGAAUUGUGGCAAACUGCAUGGAGGAGAGUGUAUGAUGGGCACUAACACUUGUUACUGUUGUGGAAAACCGGGUCACACGGUGAAUAAUUGUCCGAAUAGGAUAAGUCAAGAACAACGGAAGGAGAGAGUUCAGCCUAAUGGUCAAUGUUAA